AGAGCGCUUGUUUUCGCGGAGCUUCUCUGCUUUUCCGGGUCGCAGUUCAAGAAGAGGAUUCCGGCGACUCGUGAAACACCUUGGAACUCCUCCCCGGACUUGGGAGCCGAGUCGACGCACAGCUCUUCCCCGCCGACAAACUCAUCCCUCGAGUCCACUGGAAAAUGGCAUCCGGAUCGGCCGUGAAACCGAAGGCAGACAAACUAGUACGCUACGAUCCGUCCGAGUAUGAGCUCCGGAAGCGUCUGCCUGCUCAGAUGCCCCGAUCCCCGGACCACGUUUACAUUAAUAUGAGAACUGAUUUCCAAUAUCAGAUGUUGAGAGCGAAAGAGAUCCUUUUCAAAGGCUCAAAUGAAGUGCACAUCCACGGAUUAGGAGCGGCGAUCAAUCGCGCGAUCAACAUCGCCUUACAGAUCCGGGAGCACUUCGGCAAGGCAUACGAAGUAGACACCCAAACCAACACUAUUCAAGUGGUUGACGAUUUCGAACCUCGUGAAGAACACAUAGAGCCGCAAUCGCAGACUAGAAACGUCUCGACGAUACAUAUCAGAGUUUUCAAGAAAGACUAGGAAAUCAUCGUCGAGAUCCUGUACAUAAUCCUGUACAGUAUAUUCUAUAUAUGAGCGUUUUUCUUGUACAAGGAA